AUGUCGCCCUUUUCCAUCUUUUUGAAUAUAGCCAUACUCUUCGCUGUUGGCAUCAUGGCUCUCUCACCCCGAGACGCAAUCCAUGCCGAUGAUCUCGAGCACUACGACGAGUUCAUGGGUCGCCUGUCCCACACCCAGUUUCUCGAUAUGUACCUAGAAAAUCACCAAGUCAAGAUCGACGUCUACGAGCACCCAUCCAACCAUCUCACCCGAUCCGUCCACUUCAAGCCAAGCCCGAAUGCCGACAAGUAUUUCCACCAGGAGAAGGAACAGGCCAACCAGGUCCUGGGAGAACCGGAGCACUCGGGGGUAGAGGCUCGCGACCAUUGCAAGCGAGACGAGUAUGUUGGCAGAUCUGAGGCCCCGAACCUGUUUGAGAAACGCGCUUCCCGAUGUUAUCAGUUCUGCGGAACCAUCCGUCACUGUCGGGGUAACGGAGGUUGCCCGCACUGUUAUGCCAUUAGGAUGGGUUGUCUCUGGCAGAAGUGGUGCCGUUAA